AUGAAGUUUAGUCUUAUUUUAGGAAUAACAACAUGUUUUUCCGUAGCCCUAGCUGAUCAAGAAACUUUAGUUUUAGUCGACAACUUAAACAUCAGGGAGACUCAUUCACAAUUUUUCAAGUCUUUACAAGACCGUGGUUACAGCCUCACCAUCAAAUUAGCCGAUGAUGCUAAUCUACUUCUUUCAAAGUAUGGCGAGUAUUUGUACAAGAAUCUUAUAAUUUUUGCGCCGUCUGUCGUGGAAUUCGGAGGACAAAUUGAUACAGAGAUCAUAACUAAAUUCAUCGACGAUGGCGGCAACGUUUUGGUGGCUGGGAAUGCUGCGUCUGGCGAUGUGUAUAGGGAGAUAGCCACUGAGUGUGGUUUUGAGAUGGAUGAAGAAUCUGCAGCUGUUAUUGAUCACUUCAAUUAUGAUAUAUUAGAUGAUGGAGACCACACUAGAAUUGUUGUCUCUCCAAAGAAUCUAAUUAAUGCACCUACUAUUGUUGGUAUGCACAAUACUCAACCAAUACUGUUUGAAGGCACGGGAAUAAUUUUAGACAAAGAAAACAGCUUGGUGCUUCCAAUUUUGACAGCUGAUAGUACAGCAUACAGCUAUAAUCCUAAAAGUCAGGUUAAAGAGUAUCCUCAUGCUGUAGGUAAGAAAACAGUUCUGAUUGCUGCUCUGCAGGCAAGAAAUAAUGCACGAAUUAUCUAUAGUGGAUCAUUAUUCUUUUUCUCUGAUGAAGCCUUUAACUCACCAGUUGCUAAAGUACAGGGUGACAAGGUGAAGUCAGAUUUGUCUGGUAAUAAAGCCCUUGCGGUGCAUCUUAGUGAAUGGGCUUUUGGAGAACGUGGCCAACUUCGUGUUAGACGCGUACAUCACCACAGACAGGGAGAAAAAGAAUCGUCCAACACAUACACAAUUACUGACACUGUUGUAUACAAAAUUGAAAUAGAGGAGCUCAAAAAUGGCAAAUGGCAACCAUUUGAGGCUAAUGACGUGCAACUAGAGUUUGUCCGCAUUGACCCCUUCAUCCGUACAACCCUUAGGAAUAAGGGUAAUGGUGUCUAUGAAAGUAUCUUCAAGGUACCUGAUGUUUGGGGAGUAUACCAGUUCAAAGUAGACUAUGAUAGAACUGGCUAUACGAGACUUUAUCAUACAACACAGGUAUCAGUGCGCCCCUUGCAGCACACACAGUAUGAGCGUUUCAUUCCUAGUGCCUAUCCAUAUUAUGUUAGUGCUUUCUCCAUGAUGAUUGGGGUGUUCCUAUUCUCCUUUGUUUUUCUUUAUUACAAGGAAGAUACUCCUAAAUCUAAGAUGAGAUGUGUUUACAUCUUUAAACUGUCUCCACAGCACAGUGACAUUCAAGAUGGAUCCGUC